CAUUAACAAAACUUCUAAGUCUAUCUACGCCAAAUACAAUUUUCUGGUUUUUCCAGAUAACCGUAGUAUUACGUAGGUAACUCGUUUAAGUAUUUUAAAAUAAUUUAAUCUAGUACAAGAUAAGUAAUUAAAAGAUAUUGAUAACGAGGUUUCAUAUAAAAGAACGUUGCUUGUCUUGACCAUUGUAUCGAGUCACUUGGUCGACAACAACUACAAUGCGCGUCCUCAUCCUCCUAGCCCUUUUGGGCACCGCUUUCGCGGUCCCCAAGAGCAUCAGCCGUAUCGUGGGCGGCAGCCCCACCACCGUGGAGCAGUACCCUUACAUGUCCAACAUGCAGUAUGGACUUUGGGGCAUCUGGUGGUUCCAGGCCUGCGGUGGCUCUCUAUUGACCCCACACUCCGUGCUCUCUGCUGCUCACUGCUACUUCGGUGAUGUUCCUUCGGAGUGGCGUGUGCGUCUGGGUACCUCUUUGGCGUCCAGCGGUGGCUCUCUACACUCCGUGUCCCAGUUGAUCCUGCACCAGCAGUACAACCCCAACACGCUCGACAAUGAUGUCGCCAUCGUUCGUCUGUCCGUCCCCGCCGUGUACUCCAACAGCAUCCAGCCCGCUAGAGUUGCCGGCAGCGGCUACUCUCUCCCUGACAACUCCCUCGUCACCACCGUCGGAUGGGGAACUCUCUCUAGCGGCGGCUCUUCUCCUGAGCAACUACAGCACGUGGACAUCAACAUCAUCAACCAGCAGAUAUGCGCUGAGCGCUACGCCUACCUGAAGACCCAGCCCGGCUACGCGGGUUGGCCCGACAUCACCGACAACAUGCUGUGCGCCGGUAUCUUAGAUGUCGGAGGCAAGGACGCCUGCCAGGGAGACUCUGGCGGUCCCCUCGCUCACGACAAAGAUGUCAUCGUUGGUGUUGUCUCCUGGGGCUUCCAGUGCGCUGAUGCUUUCUACCCUGGUGUCAACGCUCGCGUCUCUCAGUACAGUCAAUGGAUCGCCCAGAACGCCUAAAUAAAAAAAUAUUUUAUCAUACUAAAAAAUGCGUAAUCUUACGUGCGCAAGAGUUUAUGUCAACUCAACAACUGAAAUAAUAUACGGGUUUUACAAAUAAACAAUUUUAAAAUUUAUUCGUAAUUUUAUU